UGGGCCGCUAUCGAGCUACGCAACCAAUUACCAAGUUCUAAGUUUGAUGGCGACAUGGAAUUUGCUGAGGCCGCCAGAAAAAAAAAUAUCUUCAUGUUCUUGGAUAAUCGAGAGGAGUUUGGCUAUCUUAUAUUUCCUGAUUCAUACAAUACCACGCAUUUGUACAAUGAUCUGUGGCAGGUUAUCGACAAUCCGCUGGACUGGGAAGAGCAGUAUAUUCAUCCUAAUUAUUCUAAACUUGUGGGAACUGGCUUCCAGUUGAGCGACUUUGAGCAGCCUUGUCCUGAUGUAUUCUGGUUUCCCUUUGUGACGGAGAAGUUUUGCCGGCAAAUUGUGGAGGAAAUGGAGUAUUUUGGCCAGUGGUCAUCGGGGAAAAAUGAGGAUGCCAGGCUGGAGGGUGGCUACGAGAAUGUGCCCACGCGUGAUAUUCAUAUGCGCCAAGUGGACUGGGAGGGGCAUUGGAUGCACAUCCUACGCAAAUACGUUCAUCCGAUACAGAAGAAGGUCUUUCAGGGCUAUGAUGACAUUGUGAGUGCACCAUUUUUAACUUAG